UAGAAAGCUACACAAAAGUCAAAGAAGCCUUCGCGAUUGUGUAUAUAAUGGAUAUGAGUAACAUGGUUAGGCUUGGGUUCAAGAAGCUAGGCUUUCCUAGAGAAUGAUUUCUCUUUUGAACACCAUCCUCGUUACCUUUUGGGUCUCUUAUGCUUUUGCAGACAGUUUGGCCGAGGUCGAACACAUCGUUCUCUUCAUGCAGGAAAACAGAGCGUUCGACCAUUACUUCGGCACUAUGGCAGGAGUUCGAGGGUUCAAAGAUCCAAAUGUCCAGGUCGAUCCUGAUGGUCGCUCCGUGUUUUUUCAAAGCGUCAACUCAUUUCUAUCAAACGAUACCGACUUCCUUCUCCCGUGGUACUUAGCUGCUGAAGGCGGACAAUUCAUCAAUGGUACACAAUGCAUGACAGCUGGAUCGAACGGCUGGGCAGAAAAUCAUGCUGCGUUGGCUUCUGGACAAAAUGAUCUUUGGGUCGAAGCAAACAUGCCGCAGUCAUGGGGUCACUUCAGGCGGUCAGAUCUUCCUGUCCAUUUUGCUAUUGCCGAAGGAUGGACUGUAGGGGAUAUGUACCAACAGGGGGUUAUCGCAUCAACUAACCCUAAUCGUGUUAUAUGGCAAACUGGCAGCAUUGCUGUACCGGGAGGGAAUGUGAACACUACGCAGGGCCCCGUCUUGGACAAUAAUGAGACCCCGGGAUGCUCCAGUCUCACGCAGAGGCUUGAAAACGGUACAGAAAUUGAUUCGCCCAAAAAUUAUACCUGUUAUCCGUUCGAUUGGAAGACCCUACCUGAAUAUCUGGAAGAUGCGGGCAUUUCAUGGAAAGAAUUUCAGGCUUUCGACAAUUUCGGCGAUAAUCCUCUACCUGAUUUUGUCUUCUGGCAGAAUUUGGCUGACAACAACGCAACCUCAGAGCUUGCUCAGCGUGGUUUGGCCAUGAAUGGAGGUGGAAAUUGGCAAGGUGGACUGGAUUUGUUAAAGAAGCAAGCCGCAGAGGGAACUCUACCAGCCGUCUCUUUCUAUAUCGGCCCGGCAGAGCUCUCCGAGCAUCCUCCAUACCGUCCCAUAGAUGGUGGAUGGUUGCAAAAGGAAGUCGUCAACGCGAUCGUCAAUUCUCCCAAAUACAACAAAACGAUUCUCGUUAUCUCCUUCGAUGAGACCGGAGGAUGGGGUGACCACGUUAUCCCUUUCACUUCACCAGAGAACACCCCAGGCGAAUGGAUUAUCAACCCCUUUACAGGACAGCCCGCACCAACUGGACCUGGAUUUCGGUUACCGUUUACUGUUAUCUCACCAUGGACCCGCGGAGGCAUUGUAUUCACCGAGCCUUCAGAUCACAUCUCGCAAACACUGUUUUUAGAGCAGUGGGCAGCUGCCAGGGGUACACCGUUCAUUAAUACACAAAUCAACGAUUGGAGAAGAGAGCAUAUGUCCAACCUGACGAAUAUGUUCGAUUUUGAGAACCCUGAUUACUCUGCCGCACCGCUCCCAGAUACUCCGCCGCCUCAUACAGAUCCUCUUACCUCGUUACUUGACGGCGACGUAUUCUGUGAGAAUACCUUUUCAGGCCACGUUCAGCCACCUAUCCCAUACGGGCAACAAACCCCAAUAGAUUCCCUGUUCACCGAAACGGGCUAUAAAAUUGUGCGAGGCUCAUUGACUGAAGGUCGUUACCUCGUCAUCGAAUCUAGUACGAAAAAUCUCGCACUAUCUUCGAAUGACUCCUCCCUCGGUACCUCUGCGGCCACCAACGACAAGAUCAACACGCCAUCGCAACGUUUUGUGAUUCAUGCCACAGAUCCCAAAAUCGCCACAGGAAAAAGCUUUAGAAUCUCCUCUGCCGCAUCCAUAACGGACGCUACUGCUAUCUCUAACGCCACCACCCCAUUCCUCAAUGUGAAUCUGCAGUUCGGGUCUGUUAACUCGAGUGCUGUGUUCAACAUUACUUACCAAGGCUCGGGUGUCUACAACUUUUUGGAAAGCGGGAGCAACAAGUUCUUGAGCUUGGGAGAUAACGGGGCUCCAGUUUUGGGUAGCGAGGCAGAAAGCUUCAAGAUCUUUUCGAUUUCUUUCUAAUGAUGAUUAGCAUGAAAUCUGUGAUGUAGGACAACUGAAUAGUCAUCGACAUCAUCCGUGCGUUAUCUGGGUGCUGUCCAUAUACCGUAAGACAAAGCGUGUGGCAAGAGACCUCUUCAUUACUCCGUUUGCCUUUUCUUUGGAUCUUUGGGGUGCGCGAGAACCAUUACCUCUUAAGU